AUGCAAGUAGUGAGGGAGCAGAUAAUGAGAGCACUGACCACAAAGCCUAGUUCUCUGGAUCAGUUUAAAAGUAAACUUCAAAAUCUGAGCUAUACAGAAAUACUGAAAAUCCGCCAGUCUGAGAGGAUGAACCAGGAAGAUUUCCAAUCUCGUCCAAUUUUGGAGCUAAAAGAGAAGAUUCAACCUGAAAUUUUAGAGUUGAUAAAGCAGCAGCGUCUAAAUCGUCUUGUUGAAGGGACCUGCUUCCGGAAGCUUAACAGCCGACGCCGACAAGACAAAUUUUGGUAUUGUCGACUCUCUCCAAACCAUAAAGUUUUGCAUUAUGGAGAUUUGGAAGAGAGUCCCCAAGGAGAAGUUCCACAUGAUUCAUUACAGGAUAAGUUGCCUGUGGCAGAUAUAAAAGCAAUUGUUACAGGGAAGGACUGCCCUCACAUGAAGGAGAAGGGAGCCCUUAAACAAAACAAGGAGGUGCUUGAACUUGCUUUCUCUAUACUAUUUGAUUCAAAUGGACAGCUAAAUUUCAUCGCUCCUGACAAGCAUGAGUACUGUGUAUGGACUGAUGGUCUAAAUGCCCUACUUGGAAAAGAUAUGAUGAGUGAACUGACACGUAACGACUUGGAUACUCUGCUCAGUAUGGAGAUAAAGCUGCGUCUCCUGGAUCUGGAGAACAUACAGAUCCCUGAUGCUCCACCCCCUAUUCCAAAGGAGCCAAGCAAUUAUGAUUUUGUAUAUGACUGCAACUAAAUAAAUUGUCACUCCUCAGUAUUACAGUUAACAACUGGAAAGUUUUUUUAAGCAAAAAGAAAGGAAAAAACAGGAAGAGAACACAUGAUGCAUAUUGGAUUUAUUGUGAUGAUGGGACUGUAAAAGAGCUAGUUCUCACUUUGCUUUCUGCCUCUUGUUCUUCUCCAUUGCUAAUGAAAAACAUCACUUCCAUUAACGUUUUACUACUGGGCAAGAUCAAAGGAAUAUUUUAACAUAAAAGGUGUUACCAAAGGAAUUUUUUAAUUUUUUUUAAAUGCUGGAGGACAGUUCCAAAUAAAAAGACAGUGUGAUGUAACAGCAUAAUCUCCAAACUAGAUCCAGCAUUGCAGGUGCUUUAACAAGAGAGAAAGAAGUAGAGAACAGAUAAAACUACAAUAAAUGAGGAAGUGAGAGUUAUCUCCCACCAGUCAUUUCAGAUCUUGGAAUCAACAGGAUAUCUCAAUAAAAAUGAAGAUUAUUAACCACUUGCAGCUUCUAUAUUGUUGUAGUUGUGAUUCACCAUUAUCUUUAUCAUUAACACCAGCAUCUUAAGUCAAGUGACUGUUUUUUAAAAAAAAUCACAGAUAAUAUUACAGGCAUUUGUAAUCCCAUAAUACCCACAAUUUAGUAUCUCAUCUGAAAUGUCCACACACUUAACAAAGUUACUUGCUCUUUAUGUCCUAUUGUAUAAUCACUAACUGAAAGCAGUGGGCAUUUUUUAGUCCAGGCUGUGAUUGAUUAAUUUUGUUUGCAAAAAGAUACCGAAAAUGCUGUGUUCAGGAUUAUGUUGUAGAAAUGUGCAGAGUAUUAUAAAUUUGCAAUGAACGUGGAUUUGUAUAAACAUUUGAACGAAACUUGCCAAAUUUAUAUAUAAUUGAAAACAAAAUUAUAUUGUGUGUACUUUAUUAAAAAAAUACCUGUUUUGAAUUCUAUAUUUUACUUAGAACAUUCUCCUUGGAGAGAAUUUACACCAACAUUCCCAUCAACAUUGCUAUGAAUAAAACUGAACUUG